ACCACAUUUCUCUUCUCCUCCAUCCACAAACCAACGAACUCAAAACAUCCAAUCAAAUCUAAAACACAUAUUCUCUCGAAAAAUUCUUAGACAUGGCUUACAAUAGCAACAACAAGAACAACAUUGUCGUUGUGUUCGACUUCGACAAGACAAUCAUCGACGUCGAUAGCGACAAUUGGGUGGUUGAUGGACUUGGCUUCACUGAUUUGUUCAAUCAACUUCUGCCUACCAUGCCUUGGAACACACUCAUGGACCGUAUGAUGAAAGAGCUUCAUGAUCAAGGCAAAACCAUUGAAGAGAUCAAAGAAGUUCUAAAAACAAUCCCUAUCCAUCCACGAGUCGUCCCUGCCAUCAAAUCUGCCCAUGCUUUAGGGUGUGAGCUUAGGAUAGUAAGCGACGCCAACAUGUUCUUCAUCGAAACCAUCGUUGAGCAUCUCGGGAUUAGUGAAUACUUCUCUGAGAUCAACUCGAACCCAGGGUUCGUCGAUGAGCAUGACACGUUGAGAAUUUCUCCUUACCAUGAUUUCACCAACUCAUCUCAUGGUUGCUCUCAUCGCACGUGCCCUCCUAACAUGUGCAAGGGAUUGAUCAUUGAGAGGAUUCAAGAAUCACUAGCUAAAGAAGGAAAGAAGAAGAUGAUCUACCUUGGAGAUGGAGCUGGUGAUUACUGUCCAACUUUAAAACUAAAGUCUGAAGAUUACGCGAUGCCACGUAAGAAUUUCCCGGUUUGGGAUCUGAUUAGUCAAAACCCGAUGCUGGUUAAAUCAGCUAUUAGAGAAUGGACCGAUGGUGAAAGCUUGGAGAGGAUCUUAAUAGGAACCAUCGAGGAGAUUCUAUUGGAGGAAGAGAACGAGAAGAAGAUGUUGACUAAUGCGGAGAAUAACUGCAAGAUGCAGAACAUCUCUGUCGGGAUUAAUGUUCAUCAUGAGCCAAUAAUGCCCCGUGCUCUUCGAGUUUCUCAGUCCGGUUAAUUAGAUGGUUUGAUAUAACGGAGGAAGAGUAAUAUUGUCUGUGGUCUCUUUUCCUCGUCAUAGUAUACCAAAAUAUUGGACUUUAUCCUAAGUAAAGAUAAGAUGCAACGAUGAAGUUGUAUGACUGUGAUUUUUGUUCUUUUAACAAGUACUUGUUUGGCUGAUAUAUAUAUUUUCGAUUUAACGGCA